UAUCUCGUUGGGACAUUGCGUUUUAUGUGAAGCUGUUAUAUUUAUUUCUGCAUUUAAGUGUAAACAAUUUAUUGUUUGGAAGAGGUUUAAAACUCUUUGUGAAUCCUUGUGAACGAUUGAGUGUUUUAUUGUUUUAAUAAUCUAGAAUUAACCAUGACCAGUAACUUCCCUGACGCACCACCGCCCUACUCAGUUGAGCCACCUCCACAAGGCAUCUCAGUGGUACAACUUCAGCCUCCGCCUGCCUCGAACAUACCCAUUGCGGUACCCAUCAAUGCGCCGAUGGGACCACAACCAGCGAUCUUAGUCUGCAGUUCAUGUCAACAGCAAAUAUUGACAAGGACCGAAGUUAAAAACACAACUAAGACUCACUUGUGGGCUCUAUGUUGCUGUGUCUUUUUAUGUUGGCCCUGUGCUUGCCUACCUUACUGCAUGCCUGGCUGCAAGGAUGUGACGCACUACUGUCCAAACUGCGACGCAUACAUUGGAGCCCACAAGAAUUAAGAUUUUUCCCUUAAAUGUUGGUAUCAUUUAUCGGGAAUCCCUGCAAUUCGAACUUUUAAUCAACUUUGGAAUGAUAAAAGUUGAGGCAAAGAAGGAAGUGUUACGAGAAGCGUGUUUUAAAUUUCCUGAUUUGGGAUAAAAGCAAAUCAGCUUAAUUCGUGCAUGCUAUACUGAAUAUUAUUUGUCUGAUGUAUCUGUUAACAAGCUUUAAUUAAUGUUAAUGGUAAUAAAUAAUUUAGCUAAUGUUUUAA